UAUAACCUACAUGUGUGACGUUCCUUUAUCGUCGUACCCGUGUAGUUUUAUAUCACUUUAAUAAUGGCUCUUAAUUUAACUGUAAAAGUGCAUCCCGUAGUUUUAUUCCAAAUAGUGGAUGCAUAUGAACGCCGAAAAGCUGAAUCUUUACGUGUAAUUGGUACAUUACUAGGUACUUCAGAAAAGGGAGUAGUUGAAGUUACUAAUUGUUUCUGCGUACCACAUAAAGAAUCUGAAAGCCAAGUAGAAGCUGAUCUUUCAUAUGGAGUAGACCUGUACGAGUUGAAUCACAGAGUGAACGCUCAAGAAAAUGUUGUUGGCUGGUGGGCAACAGGCAAUGAGGUUACUACUCAUUCGUCUGUUAUUCAUGAAUAUUAUGUACGAGAAUGCAACAAUCCAGUUCAUUUAACUGUUGACACUACCUUAGCUAAUACUACAAGAAUGGCAAUUAAAGCUUACGUAUGCGUUCCAUUAGGAGUACCUAAAGGAAAACAAGGUUCAAUGUUUACACCAGUAAAAGUACAGAUUACAUGCUACGAACCCGAAGUUGUUGGUUUGCAAUUGUGUUCAAAAACGCAAUUACAAUCUCAUGUACCAAUACCUGGUGUUAAAGCUGGCGGAGGAAUAGAACCGAUGAUGGAUCUUGCACAAAUUGCAGAAGCUAGUUCUAAAUUAUCCUUGAUGCUUGAACAAGUUCUUAAUUAUGUCGAUGACGUUCUUGCAGGAAAGCAACCACCAGACAAUCAGGUUGGUCGAGCUCUUUUGGACAUGGUACAUUCGGUACCAAAGAUGAGCUGUGAUCAAUUCGAUGAUAUGUUUAACAGUAAUGUAAAAGAUCUUUUGAUGGUAGUUGCAUUAUCACAAUUGAUAAAAACACAAUUGCAACUUAAUGAAAAGCUUACAUUGCUCACAACAUUAUAAUUUUGAAAACAUAUAAACAUCUUGUAUUAAUAAAAUAACGACAGUAUACAAUUAAAAUGAUGU